AUGGAGGUAGUCUUUAGACGCCCUGCGGCCGCAAUUAGCCGCCCGAAAGGCCUCAAGCCUGCGGCUUCUGUCCUCGUCACUGUCUCUACUUCCUCUCCCCUCUCGCAAUCGCAGCUCCAGCUCCAGCUCCAGCCUCAGCAGAGGCGCCCCUUCACCUUCUCCUCCCUCACCCGUCCCCCACCAAAUUACCCCGGCCAUGUCCCUCUCAGUUUCAUAGAAAAGGCCGCGCUGGCCAUCGGCUCGGGAUUGAUGUCGUUGCGCGAUCCCAGGCGAGGCGAUCUAAUCGCCGCCUUCGCCGAAGCCACCGCAACGCCCUACUUUAUCUACCGUCUGCGCGACGCCAUGUUGUCUCACCCAACUGGCCGGCGCAUCCUGCGCGACCGGCCGCGCAUCACCUCGACGUCUCUCAACCUGCCCCAUCUCCGUUCCUUACCGCCCAACACCGUCGGCCGGACGUACGUCGAGUGGUUGGACCGGGAGCACGUCUCGCCCGACACGCGCGCGCCAGUCAGGUACAUCGAUGACGAGGAGUGCGCUUACGUUAUGCAGCGGUAUAGGGAAUGUCACGAUUUUUAUCACGCGCUGGUCGGGCUGCCGACGGUGAGAGAAGGGGAGGUGGCGCUAAAGGCGUUCGAGUUCUGCAACACUUUGCUCCCGAUGACCGGAUUGAGCGUGUUUGCGGCGGGGACGCUGAAGCCCAGGGAGAGGAAGAGGUUUUGGGAGGUGUACUUGCCGUGGGCGGUAAGGAAUGGGCUGCGGGCGAAGGAGAUUAUUAAUGUGUAUUGGGAGGAGGAGCUGGAGAGGGAUGUGAACGACUUGAGGGCUGAAUUGGGGAUUGAGAUGCCGCCUGAUAUGAGAGAGUUGAGACGGCGGGAGAGGGAGGAGAGGAGGAGGAGGAAGGCUGAGGAGGAGGAGGCGAGGAGAAUGGCUGCCAUGGAGGCUGCGAAGGCGGCUCAGGGGCAGAGGCAGUAA